CGCAAGGCCCCGGUCAAUACGAUCACGCUCUGACGUUACGUUCCCGAGCUUAUCCUCUUUCUACGCACGUUCACUCUAGCCUCCCUUCAACACAACGUCAACGCUGCAUUUGCAUCGUCAUCUCAAGAGACUGUAGAUCACCAUCAAUAUGUCGUCGACCGUGGAAGAGCUUCUCCCCGCUGCGGCCCAGAAGGAGGUCAAGACCCUCGCCGACGAGGACGCAGAUUCGACCAACUCGAACCUGCGUUACAUGGCGUACGGUUCGCGCAUACAGACCGCGCUCCGAGCGGGCUCGCGCUACAUUGCCUACACCAGUGACGUCGGCGAAGCGUUCAGGCCGGUCGUGCCGCCCUACGUCGUAACCGCUGCAUACGGCAUCUCCUGGCUCUACCUCGCGGGCGAUGUCAGCUUCGAAACCUACAAGGCCUCGAGGCGCGGCCCAUCGCCCGUCGAAGCUGCCAACUUUUCCGAACCGACCCGGCUGGGCAUGGUCGCCGUCAAGCGCGCCGUGUUCCAGUCCAUCGCGUCCAUGGCUCUUCCGGCAUUCACGAUUCAUACUGCGGUGAAUCAGGCGAAGAAGGCGUUCGUCAAUACGAAGAAUGUGAAAGUCAAAACUUGGGGUCCGACGCUCACUGGCCUCUCGAUCGUUCCCGUCCUCCCCUAUCUGUUCGACCACCCGGUGGAGAAGGCGACCGACGCAGCGUUUGACUGGGUCGAGGAGCAACUGGUGGCCCGCAACAAGACGGACGUUAAGAAAGAGCUAUAGAGGUCGAUAUUAACGGUAUGCUGUGUACAUCCCACCAACCUCACGAACUCAUAUAUACCGACGAUAUGCCCAAGCAAUAUAAUACUCUCCGCCCUAUCCC